AUAAAAAAAUAAACGACAUUUUUGUCAUCCACAUUCGGCCCCUCUUUGUUAAAUAAUCAAUUUCCCACAGGGGGUCCUCUCUCUGUGGAAUCAGAAGAAUAAUUCGUGGGCAUCUCAAAAUUCUUUUUUUUUUUUUUCAUUUUUUUCCAUAUAAAAGUAAAAAUUCGUUUGUUAGGUUAGGUUUGCACUGUAAAUUAGAAUCAAAAUUUUAGAUUAGUUCAGAAGAAAAAAAAAAGUUUAAAAUCAAAACCAUGACUUCAGUCGUCAAGAUCGACGGUGAACAACUGGUCAACGCCCUUCCCAAUCUCUCGAUUCAUGAUCAGGACGAAAUGAAGAAUGAAGAGGCUGCUGGCGUGGAGGGUUUUGAAAAUCAUAGUGGAAUAUGCGCGAUAUGUUUAGAUAAGAUUGUGCUGCAGGAAACUGCACUCGUAAAAGGUUGCGAGCAUGCUUACUGUGUGACGUGCAUCCUGCAAUGGGCAACAUACAGACAGAUGCCUACAUGCCCUCAGUGCAAAAAUCCAUUUGAGUUCCUCAAUGUUCAUCGUUCACUCGAUGGCAGGAUCCAUGACUACAUGUUUGAGGAAAGUGUAUGCCUGCUUCUUCGAGCGACAUGGUUUAAACCAUUGAUUGUGGAGGAUCGUGAAGAGGCAUAUGAUGAUUUGGAAGGUCAUUAUUAUUAUCAAUAUGAAGACGAGGAUGAUGAAGAAGAUGAAGUUUAUUACACCAGUUCACCAAAUCUCCGCAUCGGCAAUAGGAGAUGGGGUGAUAGUGGAUAUGUAAGAUCAGGUCGCCAAGAAGCCAGGCCUGUUCAACGAUCCAAUUUCCAGGACUCUGGUGCUGGCUCCUCGCGUGAGCCUAAGAAGAAAGAGAAGGAGGUUGCAAAAAGUACAAUGGGGAGACGGGCAAAGCGAACGCUUAAGCGUGAGGCAGCUGAUAAGGCAGCCGCAGAAAAACAUCAAGAGCAUUUGAUGAGGCUGGGGCGGAAGUGAUUUCUUUGACGUGAAGUGUUUAAUAAACCACUGUACCAAAGGAUAAGGUGGUUGAUACACCUUAAGCCCUGUAUUUGGUCCUCGCUUUGUACAGUAUUUUCUUUCUUUCUCUGGAACAAAAUAAUAACAUUGCCCCUUGUUUUUGGAUGGAUAAUGGAACAAUGGGUUGGUGACUAGGUGGGGAUUUGUUGUGACUUUCAUAUAUUAGUUCCAUUAACUAACAAAUUACAUUCCAAGUCUUGUAUAGUAUUUCAGCCUAAAAGAAAGAAAAAAAAAUCUUUCUUUUUUCU